CAUUGCCGCUGCUCUCUCUUGCUUGCUUCCUCUUCCUCGCACUCGUGUCUGUGCUUGGUUUUCUUUGUUAGUCGUCUGACUAGACACGCAUAUGUUGAGCACUUCUCUCCGAACUCUCUUCUCGUUCGAGCGAGUAAUGAUUGCUGUGAAGUUCGAGCUGGAGCUUCUGGGUUGGGAUUGAGAGCGAUGUGCCCGCAAAUGGCGUGAUUCUUAGGUUAUGGGAUCGUUGAACAUCGCCAUGAAAUGAGUUCACUCCCUUUGAAUUUUUUGCUCCACUUCCAUUGGCUGGAGUUUCGAGGGAAACAUGGCUUGUAAUCAAUUGGAAACGCAACAGCCGAGUAUCGACACCGACAAGCUGAGCUAUGAGAUAUUCUCAAUCCUCGAAUCCAAGUUCUUGUUUGGCUACGACGAUCAGAAGGUGUGGAUACCCAAGCAAAUCACGCCGGCGGUGGAACAAGCGGCCACUGAUAACGGCGUCCAGGCAGUGAAGAACCAGAGGGGCAAAAUCUGCGUACUCAGCAUCGACGGUGGAGGAAUGCGGAGCAUUCUAUCGGGAAAAGCCCUAGCGUACCUCGAAAAUGCUUUGAAGACCAAAUCGGGAAAUCCAGACGCCAGAAUCGCGGAUUACUUUGACGUCGCCGCCGGCGCCGGAACCGGAGGGAUGUUCGCGGCGAUGCUCUUCGGUACGAAAGAUCACCGCCGUCCGAUUUUCCAAGCUGAUGACACGUGGAAGCUCUUGUCGACACAAGGAAAGGACUUCUACUGCGGCGGUGGGCGAAUUUUCCGGCGGAUAUUCCGUCGCAGCGAGGCCGCGGGUUUGGAGAAGGCGGUCAAGGAGAUGUUCAUAGAUAACGGAAGGAGCUUGACGUUGAAAGACACGUUGAAGCCGGUUCUGAUACCGUGCUACGAUCUCUCCAAUUCCGCGUCGUUCGUCUUCUCGAGAGCCGACGCGCUCGAAACGGACGGCUUCGAUUUCCGGCUCUGGGAGGUGUGCGGAGCCACGAUGGCGGAGCCGCCGAGGUUAGGGCCGGUCGUGGUUCGAUCGGUGGACGGCCGGACCCGGUGCGUGGCGGUGGACGGCGGGCUGGCCGUGAACAACCCGACGGCGGCGGCCAUCACGCACGUGCUGCACAACAAGCAGGAGUUUCCGUUCGUGCGGGGGGUUGAGGACAUUUUGGUACUUUCACUGGGGACCGUUCAAAUCUUGGAAGGAAGUUAUGGCUACGAGCAAGUCAAGCGGUGGAAGACGAAGGACUGGGCUCGGCCCAUGGCUCGCAUUUCCGGCGACGGCUCCGCCGACUUGGUGGACCACGCCGUCGCUAUGUCCUUCGGCGAAAGCCGUAGCAGUAACUAUGUCCGUAUCCAGGCUAACGGGUCAGGUUUGGCGCGUUUCGGGCCCAACGUGGCCACCGACCCCAGUCCUGGAAACGUUAAGAUGCUACUGGGAGUAGCAGAUGAGAUGCUGAAACAGAAGAAUGUUGAAUCUGUGCUGUUUGGAGGGAAGAGGAUUGCAGAGCAAAGCAAUUUGGAGAAACUUGACUGGUUUGCUGGAGAGCUUGUGCUGGAACACCAGAGGAGGGGCUGCAGAAUAGCUCCCACUGUUGCGUUUAAGCAAGCCAUGCCCAGGUCCAACUAGACAACUCCCAUGAUAUUGGGGGGAAAAAAAAAAGGAGAAAGAGGAAUCGGAGAAACUGAAAAUAAGGAAGAAGAAAAAGUGUUACAGCAACAGCUUUUGCUUUUGAAAGAGAAGUGUGGGGAGAGGCCAGAGAAUUGAGUGAAAAUGACCAACUGUAAAAAGGUGUAAAUGAUCUUUAUGGGAUAUUUUGCCUACCAGAGGACAAGCAUUGUGGUGCCCACUUCACUUGACAGAGACCCCCAGGCCAUUGAGUGAUUAAACUAUGAACAACAUUCACCUUUGUUUGUAUCCUUUGGUUUCAAAUACCAACUUUGGAGUGGGAAACAUAGUUAUUGCCCGUUUCCUUCACCAAAGUUAUUGAUUAUGACAUGAACAAACAACUAUAUUCUGACUCAUGAGAAAUGCACAAAUCACAUAAUUGUGAAUUAAACA